AGCGCGCGUGCAGUGAUGUCCGCGUCCGCGCCCCACGCCCACGGGCGCACCCCCGUGCGGCGCAGGGGGCAUCAACACCACCCGCGGCUGAGGGGCGACCGCAUUCCCGCCCCCGGGCCUACCGUAAACAAUACUCCGUCCAAAGAUGUGACCUUAGACUGCAAAACAGACGAUGUUGUGCCUUGUGUCAAUAGUGUUAGUGAAUCUCAAGAAGUGACAAGGACGAAUAGUGACGAUGCACUUUCGAAUCGAAAUAUAAUCGAGGACUCGAAUAUAGAUGAUGAUGAAUUCGAUAUUAAGGUUCCCGAUGCGGAGUCCAAUGGUAGUUCCGAUGAUGACUUUUCUUUUAGAGAAGAGAGGUCGGCGGGUGACGGUUCCGAGGUUGUGCCCCUCACCUCGGAUAUAUCUGACGAUGAUCCUGAGACCGCAGAACUUGCAAAACUCAGGUGUCCAAGCGAAUGCACUGAAGUACUAGCGGCGAGGGAAAAUCGUAGAAAUCGAAGAUGCGCUGAUUAUCCAGGUCUCGCGUUUGGCAGUUCGAUUUUCUCUUCAGAUACAAUGAUGAAAUUCUCCAUCAUCAAGAAUGAGUUGCAGAAUAUCAAGAAUACGGCGUUAAAAAGGGCCGAAUCCGAAGUGGCUGCACUCAACCGCCGCAUCCAACUGUUGGAGGAGGACCUCGAGAGGUCUGAGGAGAGGCUGGCGACCGCCACAGCGAAACUCGCUGAGGCCAGCCAGGCCGCUGAUGAGUCUGAACGAAUACGCAAGGCGUUGGAGAAUCGAACGAAUAUGGAGGACGACCGCGUCGCCAUCUUAGAAGCACAGCUUGCGCAGGCGAAACUCAUAGCGGAAGAGUCCGACAAGAAAUACGAAGAGGUCGCUCGUAAGCUGGCCAUGGUUGAGGCUGACUUGGAACGCGCGGAGGAGCGCGCCGAAUCCGGUGAAUCCAAAAUCGUCGAGCUUGAGGAGGAACUCCGCGUUGUCGGUAACAACCUGAAGUCUCUCGAGGUCUCUGAAGAGAAGGCCAACCAACGUGAGGAGGAGUACAAAAAUCAAAUCAAAACCCUCACCACCCGCCUAAAGGAGGCUGAGGCUCGUGCUGAAUUUGCUGAACGCUCAGUCCAGAAACUCCAGAAGGAGGUCGACAGGCUUGAAGACGAUCUGGUGGCCGAGCGCGAAAAGAGCAAACUCCUGCAAGAGGAAAUGGAGGCCACGCUCCACGAUAUCCAGAACAUGUGAACACCUCGCCCUCGCCCGCCCGUCUCACUGUUUAUCGAUGUCGAUACUUUUCUCGCCCCUUCCCUAGCCGCCUCGAACUAAACGCAAACGUCAAACAAAUGUCAUCUGUCAAACCGAGGUUGUCAAUUUCUAGUAGAAUGGGCGGGAAACAACGUGUACAUUAUUUAAUUCUCUUAUUUAUUGUCUCUUUCGAUUUUCGUAUUCUUAGCGUGUAGCGAUUUUAUAUACGUGACAGAGUGAGGCGGGCGGGUGACUAGCUGUUAAAAUGUAGUGUAAUUGCCAGCCGCUUUUAAUUUUACUAUGAUCGAGUGUUCGCUACGACACCACUGCCAUGUGCAAUUUUCGUACACAGUUAAUUAUUCUAAUUAUCGUUCGCCGAUAGGUAUCCUCAUUUGUCUUAGUCAUUCGCUCCCGUAUAAAGGCCGUAAGGAUAUUAGUGUUGUAUGCGAUUAAACGCUUGUAUUUAUAAGUUAAAGACAUUCCAUAUCGUGGACCAAUUUUUACACGUCUAAAUUUUAUAGCACAAUGAUGAUUUUUAGCACGCGAUUUGUAUUAACAUUCCCCAUUUACGUUUGUAAGUGUAAUUUAAAGUGCAUACGAACUGACAUCGAGGAGAGCUCAGAGCACUAUUUUACGAUCAUGAUUUUUUUAUUUACUUAAUUCUAGAAAAGAGAUUAGAUGUUUUUUAUUUAAUGAGUGAUGGUAACAAGUAAAAUGAUAUUUAUAUGAAAUGCUUGAUAUGAAGAAUUUGAUAUUCUAUAUUAAUUCGAGAAUGUUUCCUUCUUGUGUCAUAUUUCCAUUUUGUUGUUAAUCAUCGAGCGAUUCGAUGAACGACGGCCAUCUUUCUAGGAGUUUCGGAAUAUUUAGAGCUGGCAAUACCCUCGGGUAGCGUCGCGUCACUCGCGGUCCGGGCGUUAUUACAUAUUAUGAGACUAAAUUUAAUGUAUUAAAAUUUAUUUUUCAACCGAUCGAGGGUAAUCCGUCUUGAAAAUGUUAUCGAUUUAUGAAUUGAUAGAUAAUAAGUACGUGAGAAAUAAAUUAAUGAGUUUAAGAGUAUUCUAACACAAGUGUUUAUAAAUAUAUUAUAUUAUUAUUUUUA